AUGAGUUCCACCAAGGCGACCGUCAGUCCUUCGACGGGCGCGACGGAGCAGCCAUUGAUUCAUGAGAGUGGUAGUGGAAAUGCUGCGCCAGAGACGCAGAGCUCCAAGCGCGAUUAUAAAGGGUUCGUGGCGGGUGUGUUUUCGGGAAUUACCAAGUUGAGUGUGGGCCAUCCGUUCGAUACGAUCAAAGUCCGGUUACAGACGACGAAAGAUGCGCACUUCAGAGGACCGGUGGACUGUCUCAUGCAGACGCUACGGAAAGAGGGUGUAGCUGGGUUAUAUAAGGGCGCGACACCACCGCUGGUCGGAUGGAUGGUCAUGGACUCUGUUAUGCUCGGUUCUCUCACGCUCUACCGACGAUUGCUCCUCGAGAACGUCUUCUCGAAUCCAAAAAUACGCGCGAUGACACCAUUCAGUAAAAGCCAGCAGGAUCUGACUACAUUGCCUACUUUCGGACAGGGCAUAGCGGGUAUAAUGUCCGGGGCUACUGUCAGCUUUGUCGCUGCGCCUGUGGAACACGUAAAGGCUCGGUUACAGAUCCAAUAUGCAGCAGAUAAGAGCAAAAGACUCUACAGUGGGCCAAUUGAUUGCUGUCGGAAGAUCCUCCGCACACACGGUAUUAGCGGUCUCUAUCGCGGUCUCUGCGCAACGAUGUUCUUCCGCUCUUUCUUCUUCUUCUGGUGGGGUUCCUACGACAUCCUCACCCGGCUCAUGAAUGAGAAGACAAACCUAUCCGCUCCCGUCAUCAACUUCUGGGCUGGCGGUAUAUCGGCGCAGAUCUUCUGGGUCGUGGCCUACCCGUCCGACGUGGUCAAGCAGCGUAUCAUGACGGAUCCGCUAGGCGGCGCGUUGAACGACGGACAGAGGCGAUUCCGUCAUUGGAAAGACGCCGCAGUGGCAGUGGCACAGGAGAGGGGAUGGAGAGGAUACUGGCGAGGAUUCGUGCCGUGUUUCCUCAGAGCGUUCCCGGCGAACGCGAUGGCCCUUGUGGCUUUUGAGGGUGUGAUGCGAUGGCUGCCGUGA